AUGAGCACCUUCAAGCAGGCAGAAAACAUUACCAAGGCCAUGUGGGUUGCCACUGUGAAGUGCGCCACAUCAAAAAUCCGAAGAGAUGGAGAGGAGGAGGAGGAGGAGGAGGAGGAAAACAAAAACAAAAACAAAAACAAAAACAAAAACAAAAACGAUGGGGACAAGAAUGUGGACGUGGAUAUCAAAGACGAGGAUGAGUGA